CCUUCAGGAUGCGCGCAGCCUGUGUAUGCCGACCAAGUUGAAUUGAAGAGGAGAGAAAUUCAUAGCAAGCCUCGACUCUCAGCCACCCUUCUCUGUCUUGGUAGAGUAGGUCAGGGUUUUGGGAUUCAUCUAGCAUUGCAUAAUAGAGUUGGAGAAGAGGAGAGGCAUAUGACAACAGCUAUUCGGUCUGUGGUUGGAAAGUUGGGGAGUAAAUACUCUUCAUGUUGUCACAGCAAAGGAAGAACAGUAGCAAACAUGGUUAGGGUUGGGGACUUUCAAAUUAGGAGCUCAGUAGUCAGCAACUACAAUAUUGACCGUGAUGUCUUGUUUUCAAUUUCAAAGCCGCCUCCUUCUUAUGGUUAUUCCUCUCGCCAUCCUUUUCUUUUUGGUAACCACCAUAAGAAAGCUCCGCCAGUUCUGCAUCUGGAAUAUUUUAAGUGGGCCGGUGGAUUAGCAGGUAAUCAUCGUGUAGCUCCGUAUUCUAUGGAUAAUCCCAAUACCAUAGCUCUUGCCAUUUUCGCUGUGAGAGAGUACAACAAGGAAAAGAAUGCCAAACUGCAGCUUGUGAGAGUUUUGAGGGCAUGGUACAAAUGUUCUGGUGCUUCAAUCUCAUAUUUUUUCAAAAUGGAGGCAGUUGAUGAGGGUGUGGUUAAAGUUUACCAAGCAUUGGUUUUUGUACGUAGCCGCGAAACGGUGCUACGAUUGUUUGGUCUUCUUAAUGUUGAUAACGGGAGUUUGUUAAAACUAAUUUUUAAAAGACCUACAACAACUUGUGAAGGACCGUAUGAGUGCAUAGGCCAAAGGCACAUGAAGAUGAAGAUUCCAAGAAAGACAAGCAGAAAUUGUCUUGAGGAAGAGAUACUAAGCACCUUACUACGCAUGUCACCUCUCCGAUAAUAUUAAGCUGCAUAAAUUUGACAGGGAGCUGAUAUUUAUAUUUAUUCUUGAAACGAAUAUUCAUGGUGUAUAUUCAUCAUGAGUUUUUUAUUUUGUAUUGUUGACAGAGCACCAGUUUAAGUUUUGCGUUUUAGUAAAGAUUGAGAUUUUGUCUUGGAUAUACUUUAAAGAGGGAGGGGAUGUUUAGAGAUAAGCCACUGCCCGACGAGGCCGCCUAUAGGUGGUAGGAUAGGGUGGGUGGUACCGCUCAGAUUGUGGCCAAUCUUCUUAACUUAUUUUCAGGAAUUUUUUGAAAAUUCGAUUACUUAU